AUGUCAACUCUAUUGAGGUUAAGAUAUGCCUCUGACCCUAACGCUGAUACUUUCUUUCAAUGGGAAGGCUCUGUAUACUGCUUCAUGCCAAACGAACCUCCUAAAAAAGUAUUUAAAUGCAUUGGUAUGAACGUUUCCCGUGCCAAGAUUGAAGAUGGCAAAUUAUGGGUGCAAGGUAGAGAGCUGACUUAUUAUCUGGACCCUACCACAGGUGAAAAAUUGACGAGAUGGGAUAAUCCUUGGACAGGAGAAAAGGACUUACCAGUUGUCCAUAUCGCAAAUGAUCCUGUUCAGAUGGCCCUGCCUGCUCGCAUCCCGCUCGACAUCCCUUUGUUUUACCCAAGCCCACUUGGCGAUGAAAAGUUUAAAGAUCAUGAUCCUAACAAGAUGUACCAGGCUGGUGAAUUCUUUACAUUCAAAUGCAACACCAAGGACCUUGACUCGGACCAGACGAUCGAUCAUGUAGAAGUGAACUGGACGAGAGUAUCAAGGUUCAGUCCGUUCAUGAAAAUGAAGGACAAUACUGGAUAUCUUGUAUUCCACUGCACUGGAUUCAAACUACCUCAGGGAUCUACUGUAGAUGAUCUUGACCCCCUCUUGGUGAACGAGAUCAAGAGGGAUAUGACGGCUUAUGCAACUGCACCAGCCGAAUAUAAUCCAAACGCAAAGAAUGUCACAAGUUGGACCUACUUUAGAGAUAACUUUGAUACUAUUGUCAGUAAAGGAGCAAACUAG